GGGCCGGAGCGCGCUCCGCCGCUGCGGGAAGACUGCGGAGGCAGCGGCUACCGGCGCCGGCCCUCUCUCCACCUCCCUAGGGGGAGGCGCCCGGCGCUGCGCGGGGACCGGCCCGCGGAGAAGCCGCAGGGGAUUGGCUCGGCCGGGUGCGAGCCGAAGGUGCUGGGGGAAGCCAUCUGCGGCGCAGGCGAUUUCCCCUGCUGUGCGCCGUGGCGAAGGGGGGGCUCUUGCCCUUGCGGGUCGUUUCGAGUUUUAUUCAGUCUCUUUUUAUUGUUUUUCUUUCUUUUCGCUUUUCAUGGGAUCAUGGUCACGGCAGCGGGGCCGUGAUGUCUCCGGGAACGGCACCAGUGCUGCAAUGCUGCCCGCAGCAGCCCUAGAGAGGGGAGGCGUUUGAGCGGCGGCCGCACAUCCUCGUCGCGGCAGCGCCGCCGCCUUUCUCUCCGUGCCGUCUGCACCCCGUGCGCCCAGACCGGCGGGUGAAGGGCCUCGCCGCCCGCCCAGCGCUGCCCCCCCCUGCCCGCCACCAGCAAUUCCGCCCAUCAAGGCUGUAAAUUAGUAACAAUACCGAAACCCCACCGACCCAUAAAGGGGAGAGGGAGAGCAGAGCCGCGCACAACAUGGCUACUCUGCUGCGGAAAAUCGGGCUGAUUCGCCUGCACAACCGGGACACCGAGGACCCCAAGCACCACCACCACCGCAGCAGCAGCAGCCAACAGGGCUCCUCGUUCAGAGGCAGGGGCAACCAGAAGAACAGCAGCAACAAGCCGCAGCCGCAAGGCCCUCCCGGAGGCGGCGGCGGCGGCUGCAGCAGCAGCAGUGAGAGCAGUCCCGGGGGCCACAAGAACAAGAAGGCGCCGGAGCUCGCCAAGCAGCCCUCACAGCCGCGCUCAAGCAGCGGCAGGGAGAAGCCGCGGGAGGCGCCCAGGGAACCCGGCGCCGGUAAGGAGGCGGCGCAGCGGCCCGGGUGCGGAUCAGGGCCGGCUCCGCUGGUGCCGCUGCCGUCGGGGUCUGGGCCGCUGGCGCCCGCGGGCCGGCAGCAGCACUGCACGCAGGUGCGGACCCGGCGGCUGAUGAAGGAGCUGCAGGACAUCGCGCGGCUCAGCGACCGCUUCAUCUCGGUGGAGCUGGUGGACGAGAGCCUGUUCGACUGGAACGUGAAGCUGCACCAGGUGGACAAGGACUCGGUGCUGUGGCAGGACAUGAAGGAGACCAACACGGAGUACAUCCUGCUCAACCUCACCUUCCCCGACAACUUCCCCUUCUCGCCGCCCUUCAUGAGGGUGCUCAGCCCCCGCCUGGAGAACGGCUACGUUCUCGACGGUGGAGCCAUCUGCAUGGAGCUGCUUACCCCUCGCGGCUGGUCCAGCGCCUACACCGUAGAGGCAGUCAUGAGGCAGUUUGCAGCCAGCUUGGUCAAGGGGCAGGGCCGUAUCUGCAGAAAAGCUGGCAAGUCAAAAAAGUCAUUCAGUCGAAAGGAAGCAGAAGCAACAUUUAAGAGUUUGGUGAAGACCCAUGAAAAGUAUGGGUGGGUCACCCCGCCCGUCUCUGAUGGCUGAUUGAUGUUAGCAACCUGCACUUGACAGAAAUGCUGAACAGAAGUACUGUGACAUCUCCUCAGUGCUGUACACCGCCCAUCCUUUUCUACUUCAGCUUCAGUUGCAUACCAUGAAUGUCAAGAAGACAUCUAAGUUAUUUAUGAACAGAUGUGUUUACAGAGGGAGAUUAAAAAAGAAAAGAAAGGAAAAAAAAACAACCCAAGCUGUGUAGGAUUCCAUUUCAAUACUGGAGAAUGGUCAUCAUUGAAGUCACUUGAGUGGAUGCUGAGAUUACGUCAUUUGCCCCCCAUACAGCCCACAUUGUCUUCAGCUUCUUUCCAUGACAGCAGCACCACACAGCAGUGCUGGAAAGUCUAUCCGUUCCUGCUCAGUUCAUUUAAAUGUAAAUGAAACAGUUAAUAUUUAAUAGGGAAGCAGUGCAUUGCAGGUACAUGUUUGCUGUGCUGUUUUAUCUUUGUCUCCUAGCAGGUCAACAUAACUCGAAGAUUUGUCUUUAUGUGGAACUGUGGUCUGCUGUGACUAAAUUUAGACCUCAUUUGUGCUCUAUAUAUGACCUUAAUUCAUAAGUGAAACCAGAAUUAAAAUGCUGAAAAAGGUCCUAGUGUUGAAAACUUCAGUGGAAUUACCCAAUCAGUUGCAAUGUGCUAUCUAUGCUGAUAUUGUGAUGUGCUGUUCAGAAAUAAACCAGUGCAGUUAGCUGAAGGUUAGGUGUUCUUUUUGAAAGCAUCCACACCAGGGCUCGGAGUGUUUGAUGGGAGCAGAACCACAACCCUGCCAGUACUUUCUGCAGUAACCUGUGGCCUGUCAGUUCUCCAAAAUGGCAAAACAAACACAGUGGAAGUGGACAAAGCAAUAUUCAAACAUUAUCUGCUUAAUUUUCAAAUGAUAUGCCAGUAACAAAAGUAAGGUGGUUUGGUUUUUUCUUUUCAAGGCGAAUGGAACUUGGUUUGUAAGAGGAUUUGCAUGACUGGAAUUUCCAUUUUUAUUUUCACUCAGUAGGCAUUGUAUGUACUUAGAGCCCAGUAUCUGAGAAAAACCCACUGAUGUAUAUAAAUGUCCUAUUAUUUAAUCAUUAAGAUUUAAGUUUUCUGGUAAUCAAAUUGAAGAAAACAAACAAACAAACAAAACUUUUUAAAGGGACUCCAUAAAUGCUGGAGGUAAUGUUUAGAGUGGUAUAAGAAGAUGUGGAUUCUGAAUGGAAAAUCGUAUUGGACACAUGCUGAAUAAAAUCACAAGUAUCAUUUC